AGAUCAUAACAGUGCAUGGCUUCCAAUGAGUCUUUAGCUUUUUUUUUUUUGUGUCCACACGCAGAACCCCUCCGUUGUUUAAACCUUCUGUGUGGAGGCUUCGUUCAAACCAGCACCAACGUAGCCCGUGGUCAGACUCUGCCUGUUUCCACCUACAAGGGGCAGCAAAGCUAUUUCAUAUUCGCAAUCUACAAAGAUUUGGGCGGUGGAAAGUGGAUGCUUUCGGGCCCGGUUGAUGCAUUAGCAAUACACUGUAGUUCCAAAAUUUUAAAAAAAUUGUCCUCCCCAUCAAACAAGGGACUGAAUUCAACCUCGGGGGUGGAAAAAAAAUUCUGGAGAAGAAAAAAUGCCCUUAGCCUUCUCCGUCUUGUUUCGAGAGGAAGGCAGAAGGGGACGGCAGCUCUGUCUUCCGCAGUAGCUCUUCCACGCAGAUUGGGAGGCUCCCCUCUGCCCUCGACCCCUGCUUUCGCAGAUUUCUCUCCCCCCGACGGCCAAACCGCGAGCGACCAAUCUGUAGUUUGUGUUUUUCAGGCGGUAAUGGCGUCCGUUGGGAGUGUCACGGCCAAGGCUCAGUUCAGCAGGGAAAGAAGCACCAUUUACAGCUUUAGUAACUGUAACUAUUCCGGGUUGUUGGCCAGCAAGAAGAGACUCUCUCUUUGUCCAGGUAGAAUGGACCGCUCUUUUGUCUUUUCAGCGAUCAGCAUCAGGCAGCAAAGUCAGCGAUCUUUUGCUCAUCCCAGUUUUCUUACUAAGGAGUGUCACAGAAGAACAAAUGCUGUUAACCAGGAUUCAAUAGAUAACCAAAGCAGCCAUAUGGAGGAGCCAAAAAUUAUAGAAGAGUCUGACAAAAAGAAUGAUACUCUUCCAGCAGACGAUCUUUCUCAAGGGAAAAAGAGAUCAGCAAAAAUUCAUGAUUUCUGCUUCGGAAUUCCGUUUGGGGGCGUCGUAUUAGGUGCUGGAGUAGUUGGGUUUCUUCUUUCUGGGAAUCAUGCAACUCUUCUGAAUGGUUUGUUCUUUGGUGGUGCUCUAUUAGGAUUGAGCUCUUACAGUUUGAAAGUAUGGAGGCAAGGGAAAUCAUGUCUGCCAUUUAUCCUAGGCCAAUCAGUUUUGGCGGUGGCUCUUUUGGUAAAGCAAUUUCAGAUAUAUGCUUUGACAAAGAACCUUUUCCCAACAGGACUCUAUAUUAUCACAAGUGCUGGAAUGCUGUGCUUUUACUUGUAUGUCUUGCUGUCUGGUGGAAACCCGCCUCCAAAGAAGUUGAAGGUGGCAACCAGCAUGUCGUCUUAAUACACAUUUUAAGGAUAGUUGCUCAUGAGGUCUUCAUCAAAUUAAGUUAUUCUUGCGGCAAGCUGUUGAUUUAUAUGUCCUGAUUCUGGCAUUUGCUUAUCUCCUGCCGGAAUUCCACAACAAUUGUGGCUCGGCACUUCCUGAUGUCUAUGCUGCUUUUCUUUAGGUAUGAAAAUAAUAGCAUUACCAACUGGACCAAGUAAAGCAUGUAAUCUUUCUACAUACAGAAAUUCAUUUUUGUAUGUCUUUGUAUGCUCUCUAUCUGGCAUUCGCAAUAAUACCUAAGCCACUUCACCUGGAGUGCAACUAUA